UGAUCCGCGGGAGGCAUCUUGUGGCGCCGAGCGCACCCGGGGUCGGAACAGAGGGUCGCGGGAGCGCGAGGAAAGCCUGGAAAGGACUAGCUGCAGUGCCAGGCCGGGCCGGCGAUGCCCCCCGCUGCUGCGCUUUCUUCCGGCGACCGAGCGCCCCCGGCCUUGGGGGCGCAUCCGGGCCCCGUGGAGGCCGAGCUUUGAGGCUCGGAGGCCUCCUUCCGCCGCGGCCGCGCAGGAGGGCACAGGGCCCGGGAUCGCCCGCCCUUGCGCUCUGCGGCCCCGCUUCGGCUCGCUUCCUCCCCCGCCGGCCACCAUGGCCAGCGCCGCCCGGAAGAGCGCGGGCUCGGGGCGUAGGCGGCCGCCGCCUCCGGGGCUGCGCGCGCUGCUGCUGCUCUGCCUGUGGCUGCCGAGCGGUCGCGCCGCCGGCCCGCUCCCCGCGCCCCUCUCGGGCGUGGAGCAGCUGCUCGGGGAGUUCCGCCGGCAGCUGCAGCAGGAGCGGCCGCAGGAGGAGCUGGAGCUGGAGCUGCGCGCGGGCGGCGGCCCUCCGCCCGGCUGCCCCGGCCCGGGCGGCGGAGGCUACAGCGCCAUGCCCGACGCCAUCAUCCGCACCAAGGACUCCAUCGCGGCGGGCGCCAGCUUCCUGAGCGCGCCGGCGGCCGUGCGGGACUGGCGGCAGUGCGUGGCGGCCUGCUGCUCCGAGCCGCGCUGCUCCGUGGCCGUGGUGGAGCUGCCCCGCCGGCCCGCGCCCCCGGCCGCCGCGCUCGGCUGCUACCUCUUCAACUGCACGGCGCGCGGCCGCAACGUGUGCCGGUUCGCGCUGCACCGCGGCUACAGCAGCUACAGCCUCGGCCGCGCGCCGGAAGGGCAGCGAGACCUGGGAGCAGGCUUCCCGGCCACCGCCCGGGCCUCGCCGCGGCUGGAAAAAGACGAGCCUCCACUUAGCAAGGCCGGGGAGGAUGUGGUUGUGCGUCUGCCCACAGACGGGCUGGUUUUGGAUGGCCGCGAGAGCACAGACGACCACGCCAUCGUCCAGUAUGAGUGGACACUGCUGCAGGGUGACCCGUCAGUGGACAUGAAGGUGCCUCAGUCAGGGACGCUGAAGCUGUCCCACCUACAGGAAGGAAGGUACACCUUUCAGCUCACCGUGACGGACACCGCGGGGCAGAGGAGCGCCGACAACGUCUCGGUGACCGUGCUGCCGCCGGCCUUCUCCACGCGAGGAUGCUCCAAGGUUUGCUCACGCCACCACUUCUUUUGUGACGACGGCUGUUGCAUUGACAUCACACUGGCUUGUGAUGGAGCCGAGCAGUGUCCUGACGGAUCUGAUGAAGCUUUCUGUCAAAAUUUGAGCCUUGACCGGAAGACAGAGACUCACACAGCGACUUCCCAGCCUAGAACCAUAGCAACGAGCAAAGAUGCAGCAGGACACUUCCUGGAGAAGUCUCAGAAAGCCGCUGCCCCACGCCGGCCACCUGCGUUCCCAGACACGGAGAGGAAUCAUUCCGCCUCCUGGGGACCAAAGAUUCCAACUGGCCCUGUGAUGCCAGAGAGUGAUUCCUCAGGGAAGAACAAAAAAGAAGAAAAUUAUGUUUUUGAGUCGAAGAGCAAUCGAGGAGGAGGGGAACACCCAGCCCCAGAAAUAGGUGCUGUGCUGCCGCUGACCCUGGGCCUGGCCAUCACUGCGUUGCUGCUUCUCAUGGUUGCUUGCCGACUACGCCUGCUCAAACAGAAACUGAAGAAAGCUCGUCCCAUUACAUCUGAGGAAUCUGACUACCUCAUCAAUGGGAUGUACCUCUAAGUGUAACUUAAAUAGCUGGGGCAAGGACGUUUCACUUAUAAUUUAUACAUAUACUGGGUUUUGGAUAUUUAGAACCUUUUUUUUUAACUGGGCUAAGAAAGGUAUGGAAAACACAGAAGAUUCUACAAGCCCCAAACCUUUGUUCUUGUUUAUUGUAGAAAUAGUUUCCUUGGAAGUAUGUGAAAUAUUUUGAAAUUUAGAGGAGUCCAUACAGUUAAAGGCUUACAGUCUAAUUCUGAUUUACGUCAACUGUUCCUGAAAAUGGAAAUUUGUAGUUAGCCCAAACAGAAAAUUAAGUAUCCAGGAGGUGGCCUUAGAACGGCAGUGUCACUAACUCCGUAUUUUUCAGCAGCCAUGGGCCCCCGGCCACCCUGUGCCACCUCGUGCACGGCUCCCUUGUUCUGUGGCCCUCCUAUUGCUCACUUUCCCCUUCCGUAGCUCUCCCUUCUCUCCCUUGCAAAACCUGUUUCUGAGAACGGAUCUCAAGUGAGAUGAUUCCAGCACCUCUGACAUCAUGUCAUGUAGGUAGGUGGCUGCCUUAUUAGGCUGACCUUUGGGGGGAAAAAAAAAUCAGACUGAAUUACAAAUAGCUCUAACAUGGCAUGAAGCGAUACAGGAAAUCAAGGUGGAAGGAGAGAACCUGGCAGGUCAAAAAUUUUAGCCAACUUCGCUGAGGGCAAAGUGAGCAAGGACUACUGGUGCUUUCUUGUGCCUCCUCCACACUGCUCAAUGGUCCCGCACACAGCAGCUCGUUCUCACCGUCACCACUUCUCAACAUUAGCCUGUACUGAUGGGAGAGAAAGGUGCAUUUAAAUUGAAAAGCAGAAUGAUGAGUGGAUUUCUGGGUGCUGCUUUGGUAAAAAUGUCACUUUUACAUAUUAGCUGGUUGUUUCAUCCACUGGAAUGAGCAGUUUUUCCCAUUAUUUAAUGUUUUAAUGUGCAAUCAGCUAACGCCAGGCUAUGUAUUCUCAGAGCAUAAAGCAGUUUUGCACAAAUUCAUCUUUAUAGAAAACUGGCAUCUAGUUUAGCACCUCUUCUUUUUGUUUUGUUUUGGGUAGGAUUUUAAAGGCAAAUUAUUCCCAUCAUCACCUAAUGCCAGAAUUAUACAUUUUCUAGAAAUUAUUCUUCAGAGUAGACUCCAUAGUGUGAUGCCUGUCUAUACUCACAUGAUGUUCCUAUUUACAUGUGUGUUUGUAUUGUUGUUGUUUUUACCAUAAGUGGCCAAUCUUUUCAAAUUCUAGGACAUGUUUUCAGAAUGAACCCGAGACAGGUUGUUCCUUUAGCAAAGAGCUUAAUUUGGGUUGGAGAUAUAACCGAAUACAUUAACGAAUUAACAAAAACGGAAAUUGGUUUUUAUUUCCUGAAAAAGUCAAGCAUUUUAUUGAGUUUAGAACUGAGCAAAGAUUUAUUUUUUCCUCAAGGACAGGUUAGAGAAAUAACUGAAUGAACGUAAGUUGUUUGUACUCUCUACGGGAUGCUGUGCCCUUUGCUUUCUAAGGAAGGAUGUCACCUACAGCCAUACCCAAUAAAAUAAAACUGUCAAGGCA